AUGAAUUCUUUGUUUAACCAUGGAAUGCCAUAUGAUAAUCCAAUUCAUUUCACCGGCACAGCUACUAAUUAUAAUGAUUUUAAUUUUUCCAAUUCUAUGUCGUUACCUCCUACUUAUUACUUUAAUUCCACUCAAGACUGGCCAACAGUAUUAUCUCAACCACUAUUUGGAUCAUCCGUGUCAUCAUUCACAACCUCACCAACACAUAACAACAUGUAUGUGUGUACUCCGUUGAAUGAAGCAUUAGGUCAAAAAGAUGUACCGAUUGAUCAAAUUUUAACAAGUUUAGGUGUUAAUGUUCAUUCGCUGAGACGAGCGUCGAGUGCAUCACAUUAUGGAUAUCAAAGUUCGUCUCAUUUGCCGUUUUCAUUGUCAUUUCCACAUACAAAGUCUCCUGGUAGACGAUUUGAGUGUCGGGAAAUAUCUGAAAGAGAAUAUAGAGAUAGACAUAGACACAGACAUUAUCGAGACACAGAUGAUGACUAUCCAUCCAGUCACCGCUCCCAGCAUCGAGAGCCUUUGAGUUUACACGGCUUACUUGGUGCAUGGAACAUGGCAAAGCAGAUUCCUCCUAGCGGAUUAAGAGGUUCAGCAUCAACACCCAAUUUGAAUUCUCAAUGGAAUAUGAUGAAAAAUAUGGGAUCAAUGCCGCAACAAGAUAACAGAAAUAAUCUGAUUAGUUCUCAGUGGAAUAUGGCACGCCAACAGCAACAACAGCCACCGAGUGCGGCACUGAACAACUUAUUUGGCGCUCGUCAGACAUCACCAUCUCCAUCGGGACAGAAUGCCGCUGUUCAAAACUUCUUCGCUGCUCGUCAGUCACCCCCACCUCAACAGGGAUCGAAUGCGGCGGCAAUGAACUUCUUAGCUGCUCGUCAGACGCCCCCAUAUCAACAGGGAUCGAAUGCCGCUGUUCAAAACUUCUUAGCUGCUCGUCAGUCACCCCCACCUCAACAGGGAUCGAAUGCGGCGGCAAUGAACUUCUUAUCUGCUCGUCAGUCACCCCCAUUUCAACAGGGGCCGAAUGCCGCUGCUCAAAACUUCCUCGCUGCUCGUCAGUCACCCUCAUUUCAACAGGGACCGAAUGCCGCUGCUCAAAACUUCUUAUCUGCUCGUCAGUCACCCCCAUUUCAACAGGGGCCGAAUGCCGCUGCUCAAAACUUCCUCGCUGCUCGUCAGUCACCCCCAUUUCAACAGGGGCCGAAUGCUGCCGGUCAAAACUUCCUCGCUGCUCGCCAAUUUUCAGGAAGCUCUACACCGCCUUUUAAUGCUGCCAGUCAAAACUUCCUUGCAGCCCGAAAUCUUCCUUAUAGUGGAAAUCCAGUCCCCAACCCAAGUUUUGCCAACAACAACUGGAAUAGACUUAGCCAACAACCAUCGCCGUAUGCAGAAGCUGGGCAAAACUGGAAUAUGAUGAGAACAGCAGGCGCUAUGAAUCAAUCAUCAAAUCCACCAUUUAAUAGACCUUUUUCACCAAAUCAAGGCCAGUGGCGGAAUUCCUCUCUAGACCCUGCUCGUCCGGGUAUUGGUCAAGUGCCUGCACCGACAUCUUUUGGUUCUCUUCUGCAACAAGCUCGAAGCCAAAAUUUAGGAUAUGCUGGAGUUUCCUAA